GUGUUUAUAAUUUCCAGUUUGUCAUAUUAAAGAGCCAAUUGGCAGCUCCUUUAAAACAGGUUCUCUUUGUCUAACAACUACCCUUUGGAAUGUGUAAUUGGAGCAUCUGAUGGGUUUAAGCACUUUGAUUUGCCACUCUAUUUGUGGCUCCGCCGCAACUUACCUGCUUUUACUAAAUGAUUGUAUAGUGGCUAAGAGAAUAAACAAAUUCAUAAGAUAUUCGCUAUUCAUUCUUAUCGCAUCAAUAUUAUUGUACAAUGAAAUACCCAGUGAAAAGGACACGUACUAUCAUCUGUUAGGUUUGCCAAUAAACGCAAGGCAUAAGACAAUUUUGAAUUCAUAUACAACCUUCCAAAGGCAAAUAAAAGCAUAUGGAGGAUCAGAUAAAAAUACAGCAUUUAAGCGUGCCUUUGAAGUUUUGUCCGACCAAGAAAGCCGCAAGUUGUACAAUUCAUUUGGCGAUGUCAUUGUCGACUUCAAGAAGAUUGAAGGCAUUCAAAUCAUCACAAUAACAGCUGCUCUGUCGUACUACGUAAUAUCCUGCAUCUUAUUUUGUCUUUUUAGCAGGUCGCCUAGACUGAAAAUCGCACGUUAUGUCAUCAUUCUAUAUAAUGCUAUAGCAUUCUCUCUUGAAGUGGAGAUUAGGUUUAUAUCAGCCAUACAACUGUUUGAAAAUAUAAUCUUCCUCAACAAUCUUCUACCCUUUCAACACAUACAGUUGCUAAGGGCGCUUCCUCCUGUUGUAAUGAUGAUCUCUUCCUUUGUAACGGCAGGCUACAUUGUUGAUAUGGACAAGGUGAACUUGUUACUCUGGGAAUCCGCACUAGCUACAAAUCGUAUAAUUAUGGAAAAGAUGAGUGAUGUAGUAGAUGCUGCAGGUGAUUUAAAAUCACUGGAUUCUAAACAAACACCUCGUACAAUUCUUAACGAAAAGGACAAGUCCUCGGAUUUAUCGAAUUUGUUCGAUUCACUUGGUCCAGAACAAAAGAAGAAACUAGUUGAGUUGCUAAAGAGCAGUGACAAAAAGAAGGGCAAAUCAAAAGUAUACGAGUUUCUAAAAUCAGCUGCAAUUUAUUUGGCAACCGUACUAGUCUUCCGUUACGUCAUUGGUUGA